GCAAACAGACAAGCCGGUAGACACUUCUCGAAUUGUGCUCCUAUCAAUCCGAUCAACAUGGGAAAAGGAGGCGACAAAGCCGGGAACGCCGAUAUUCAGAAGACUUACACGUGGGACGAAAUUCGCAAACACCACAGUCGCGAUGACCAAUGGAUCGUUAUCGAAGGGGAAGUUUUUGACGUUUCUCGCUGGAGUAGGAUACAUCCAGGCGGCAGUAAGGUUAUCAGUCACUAUGCUGGGCAAGAUGCAUCGAACGUCUUUGGAGCAUUUCAUAAGCCACAAGACUUGCAGAAAGUUCGGAAAUAUAUGAAGCCAAUUCUUAUUGGUCGAGUGGCGCCGGAUCAGAUGAAUAUUGCAGAUAUCGACAAAGAUUUUAAAGAACUUAAACAGCGUGCAGUGAAAAUGAAUUUAUUCAAGCCCAGUUACUUUUUCUUCUUCAUGCAGUUUGCGAUGAUCAUGGCACUCCAGACCAUAGCGUAUCUUAAUUUCAUUUACAAUGGAGUUCACUGGUAUACGUUUAUUGUAACGACUCUUCUCUGGGGAACAGCGCAGGCUCAAGGUGGUUGGUUACAGCAUGACUUCGGUCACAUUUCGGUAUUCGAUAAUACGAAUUUGAAUCGCUGGGUACAACGCAUUUUUACAGGAGCAUUCAAGGGAGGUUCUGGACUUUGGUGGAAUCACAUGCACAAUCAACACCAUGCAAAACCCAAUGUGAUGGAUAAAGAUCCUGAUGUUAGAAUUGAAAUGCUUUUUGUAGUCGGUGAUAAGAUGCCGUUGAAGGUAGCAGAGAAAAAGUCCUAUAUCCUACCAUACAACUGGCAACACAAGUAUUUUCCUCUAAUUGGACCUCCACUGCUGUUUCCAGUGUACUUCCAACUAACUAUAGCCCGUUAUUUCUGGCAGAGAAAGAAUACUAUGAAAGUGGAGAUUUUUCUUUUCUCGCUGUAUUACAUCAGCCUUUGUUACAUUUUUGUUCCAAUUAUUGGAAUCCUAGGAACGCUGCUUUUCUAUGAACUCACUCGGGUGAUUGAAAGUUCAUGGUUUACAUGGGUGGCCCAGUCCAACCACAUUCCAAUGACAAUUGACCAAGACCUGGAAAGACCAUGGGUUCCUCUACAAAUGCAUGCAACAAGAAAUCUUCAGAAAUCACCUUUUAAUGAUUGGUUCACAGGACAUCUGAACUUUCAGAUUGAACAUCAUUUGUUUCCUACAAUGCCACGUCAUAAUUUAUAUAAGAUAAAGCCAUAUGUGAAAGAGCUGUGCCUAAAACAUGGUAUAGAUUACCAAGAAGUUUCCUUGUCAAGGGCUUUCAAGGACAUUCUAAGUUCUCUCAGGCACUCAGGUGAACUAUGGUUUGAUGCUUACUAUAACCUCCACGACAAACACGACUAACAAGAUUCCAUAUCUGUGACUUAGAAGACCUUUUAACUCAGAAAUAAUUCGCAAGAUGUUCCAUAUGUUUACAUUGUCAAGCAAUGAUUGAAAAGACUCCUUAACUUACAAGUAAUUCACAAGAUGUACAUUAUGUUUACAUUGUCAAGCAAGUUGAGACAACCCCUUAACUCAGCAGUAAUUUACAAGAUGUACAACAUGUUUACACUGUCAAGUGGUGAUUGAGAAGACCCCUUAACUCAGCAGUUAUCCACAACAUGU